AUGGCUCCUAGCCGAGAGGACUAUGUUCAUCGCGCCCUUUGUAUGCAGCCGCCUUCCUGGCGUUUGCCAAAAGUUAAAUUUCGCACGGAUGGCAUUUUACUGCCGUUUGGCUCACCUCGAGAGGAGUUCGAUACACCGAACCCGACGUUUUUCCAAAGUGGUGGCUGGCCCAUGUUUGAUUCCUCGGUCCCGUUAGGCGGCUGGGAUCUGAAGACUGUUGUGCAAAACGCGCUCCCAGCAAAGCACGAUUUGUAUGGUGCUUUAUUUUUCCAUCUUAGAGAUAUUAUUCUCAAUUUUUGUCUUCAUUUUACGACGCUGAAUGUUCACAUCACACUUUUUCAUAUCUCCAACAUUUGCGACCGAGGCUAUUUAGGUGUGGAAACGUGCCUCAGCAUAUUUUCGCCGCUCCUAAAAUCCAAAGAAGACAACCCGCAUGCCACGCUUCUGGCCCUGUUUAUGAACGACGUUGAAAAAGAGGGCAACGCUGCCGACUAUCUCACAGGCCGCCGUGAGAGUAUCACACGUGCUACUUCCUAUAUUCCAGGAUGCGCUCAGGCUGUUGGGAGUAGAAACCAGUACUCACCAGCAUCCCUGAAAAUAAUGCAAACAGUAGCCGCAUUUCGGAAUUUUGAUGCUAUGUUCAAACGUUUUAUGCUUAACACGAGGUCUGCUGAGUUGACCAGGGCAUAUAGGCUCCAGGCAAGGGAGAAUCACACAAUUGUCUCCCCGUGGCCUGCGAGAUUGAAGGACACCCCGACGCAGUCAGAGUUUGAAUUGUUCCAUGGGGCUGAGCAAAGUGGAACUGAGAGGUAUGUGGAGUGGGUGAGGGUGGAUUAG